CUGAAAGCCGAGGUCGAAAGAGACAAAUACACGUUGAUCCAAACGCUCAUGCUGGCAUCCAUGCAUGCAGAAGGCCUCAAUGGCAAUGAAGAAGCAUCUCUGCGACUCUCUGAUGCUGUUCACCACGCCGGUACAAUUGGGCUCCACUUGAGCCGCGGCAUUGGCGCGGGCGAGGAUAAGCGUAACCUACGCCUGUUUUGGGCACUGUGGAGCCUCGACCGCUUGAAUGCAGGCAUCAACGGCAGAGCAGUCAUCAUUCACGAACGGGACUAUGGAGCUUUUGAUCUGUGGCUCAAGAUCACGUCGUUUUUGGACAAGGUCAUUGCGCUGUACAGACCCAGCCAAAAACUUGAGACCCCGUGGGAACACGGCUUCCCUACCUUCGAGGAAGUGGUCGGUGAAGAUGCUGAAACCUUGACUCCCGAACAAAUCGCGAUGUUCGAGUUGUAUUACCAUUGUGUAGCCAUCUUGUCUUGCCGUCUUAGGCAUUCCACCCCCUUACCUCCCUCGGCACCAUCGCGUAUCCUUCAAUCCCUUUCGGCACUGCGUAUUGUCAAGAUAUCGAAUGAGGAGAAUCUCGCACAGCUCCCUCCUAUUCCGGUCAUCCCAUAUGCAUUGACGCUGUCCAUGACGGUUUCCUAUCGCCAGUACAGGGAGGCGAAGCUCCAGAUGCACAGAAUGCGCUUCCGAGCCGACUGGGAGAGGGCCCACAGAGCCCUCGCCGCCCUCGGCAAUCAGUGGUGGUCUGCGGAAGCGCUCGCAAAACUUGGCCAGCAUGCCAUGGAAAGAAUCGAACGUAAGGGCAAGAGCCCAGGAGGUGAGCAG